CUCACUCUUGCCCCCACCAUAGCUAUUCGAGAUGGUCGAUACCUCGGAGAAACCGUUCACCCUUAGCGUUCCGGAGGCCGACCUCGAGCUACUGCGCAAGAAGCUCGAGCUCGUUCGCCUUCCAGAUGAACUGGACGGUGCCAACUGGGACUAUGGUGCGCCUCUGGCAGACAUCAAGCGCCUCGUCACGCACUGGAAGGACAGCUACGAUUGGCGCAAGUCCGAGGCCGAGAUCAACAAGCUUCCUAUGUUCACGCGCGACAUCGAGGUAGACGGCCACGGGUCGCUCAACAUCCACUACAUCCACCAAAAGAGCGAAGUGAAGAACGCAAUUCCGCUCCUCUUCGUGCAUGGAUGGCCGGGCGACUUCCUCGAAGUUCGGAAGAUGCUGCCGCUGUUGACAGCGAAGUCGGAGGGCAAUCCCAGCUUCCAUGUCGUCGCUCUUAGUCUGCCCGGCUUCGGUUUCUCGGAGGCACCGAAGAAGCCUGGCUUUGCCGGUCCUCAGUAUGCCGAGGUUUUCAAUAAGCUUAUGCUGGCACUGGGAUACGACGAGUAUGUCUACCAGGGCGGAGAUUGGGGAUACAUCCUCGGACUGCACGCCGUCACCCACUACGCACACAAGCACAUCAAGGCCUGGCACACCAACAUGCCCUCAUACCGUCCCCCCACACUUCUCGGAAACCCAUUGCUCUACCUCAGCUCUCUGUUCCUCUCGUGGGACAAGGACGCGAUGGCCGGCCUCAAGAAGACCGCGCAGUGGCGCACCAAGGGCAUGGGCUACUUCAUGGAGCAGGCCACGAAGCCCCAAACCCUUGGCUACAACCUCGCAGACUCGCCCGUGGGCCUGCUUGCGUGGAUCUACGAGAAGCUCGUGGGCUGGACGGACAACUACCCCUGGACCGAUGACGAAGUCAUCGAAUGGAUCUCCGUGUACUGGUUCUCCCGCGCGGGCCCCACGGCCGCCGGGCGCAUCUACUACGAGAUGACGGGCGGGCAGACGCGCCCGCCCUCCGCGGGCAGCCAGUGGCAGUCCAUCCCGCUCGGCGUCUCCUACUUCCCCGCCGAGAUCUCGCAGCUCCCCAAGUCGUGGUCGCACAUGAUUGGGAACCUGGUGUUUGAGUCCACGCACGACAAGGGCGGACACUUCGCCGCGUUCGAGCAGCCGGAGAAGCUCGCGGGCGAUCUGCACAAGAUGUAUGGCAAGGGCGGGCCUGCGCAUGGCGUCGUCCCGGGCAAGAACGGGUACGACUGAGUCGGAGUGGUUUGAUAUGAUGGCCGUACACAUGCUACUCCUUUCCGAAUAUCUGGAUGUUAUAUACCGACCGUAUGUCUGCCCAAUGCUGAUGUACACUAAUGCUAAAA